AUGGGUAGAUUUGAUUCAUUAAUAAAAGCUAAAGCCUGUCAAAGUUACUGGAACAACAAUGCAGCUAAGACGGCACUCCAACGGACAAAGCAAAGAGCUGCUGUUCAUAUGGCCAAUAUCGAAUACAACGUGUAUGAGGAACACGAUGCCAUAAGUGGUGUAAUCACGAGUCGCCUCGUAUCUGCAAAUGAAGGAGUCUCUGUUGAUGAAAGGGUAAACGAGCAGCAUGACAAAGAUCAAACUGGGAGUGAUUUUGGGGAUGAUUUGCAUAACAUGACGGAAUUCGUCGAAAAUUAUUGA